AUGCAGUGCCUAGCGGCUGCUCUUAAGGACGAAACCAACAUGAGUGGGGGAGGGGAGCAGGCCGACAUCCUGCCGGCCAACUACUUGGUCAAGGAUCGCUGGAAGGUGCUGAAAAAGAUCGGGGGCGGGGGCUUUGGUGAGAUCUACGAGGCCAUGGACCUGCUGACCAAAGAGAACGUGGCUCUCAAGGUGGAAUCAGCUCAGCAGCCCAAGCAGGUUCUCAAGAUGGAGGUGGCUGUGCUCAAAAAGCUGCAAGGGAAGGACCACGUGUGCAGGUUCAUUGGCUGUGGCAGGAAUGAGAAGUUUAACUACGUAGUGAUGCAGCUCCAGGGCCGGAACCUGGCUGACUUGCGCCGCAGCCAGCCGCGAGGCACCUUCACGCUGAGCACCACACUGCGACUUGGCAAGCAGAUCCUGGAGUCCAUUGAGGCUAUCCACUCUGUGGGCUUCCUGCACCGUGACAUCAAGCCGUCCAACUUUGCCAUGGGAAGGCUGCCCUCCACCUACCGGAAGUGCUACAUGCUGGAUUUCGGCCUGGCCCGGCAGUACACCAACACCACAGGAGAUGUGAGGCCCCCUCGGAAUGUGGCCGGGUUUCGAGGGACUGUUCGCUAUGCCUCGGUCAAUGCUCACAAGAACAGGGAGAUGGGCCGCCAUGACGACCUGUGGUCCCUCUUCUACAUGCUAGUGGAGUUUGCGGUAGGCCAGCUGCCCUGGAGGAAGAUCAAGGACAAGGAGCAGGUGGGGAUGAUCAAGGAGAAGUAUGAGCACCGGAUGCUUCUGAAGCACAUGCCCUCGGAGUUCCACCUCUUCCUGGACCACAUCGCCAGCCUCGACUACUUCACCAAGCCCGAUUACCAGUUGAUCAUGUCGGUGUUUGAGAACAGCAUGAAGGAGCGGGGCAUUGCUGAGAAUGAGGCUUUUGACUGGGAGAAGGCGGGCACUGAUGCCCUCCUGUCCACCAGCACCUCCACCCCGCCCCAGCAGAACACCCGGCAGACGGCAGCCAUGUUUGGAGUGGUUAAUGUGACACCAGUGCCUGGGGACCUGCUCCGGGAGAACACUGAGGAUGUGCUGCAGGGCGAGCACCUGAGUGACCAGGAGAAUGCACCCCCGAUCCUGCCCGGGAGGCCCCUUGAGGGGCUGGGCCCUGGUCCCCACCUUGUCCCCCACACUGGGGGUACUGAGGCUGAACUCUGGGAGGAGACAGAUGUCAACCGCAACAAACUCCGGAUCAACAUCGGCAAAAUGCCCUGUAUGGAGGAGGAGCAGAGCCGAGGUGUGGGGGUCCCCAGCUCCCCGGUACGAGCCCCCCCAGACUCCCCAACAACCCCAGUGCGUUCUCUGCGCUACCGGAGGGUCAACAGCCCAGAAUCGGAGAGGCUUUCCACAGCGGCGGAUGGGCGGGCAGAGCUGCAUGACAGGAGGUCACGGAUGGAUCUUCCCGGCUCUCCCUCUCGUCAGGCCUGCUCCUCACAGCCUGCCCAGAUGCUGUCAGUGGACACGGGCCAUGCUGAUCGGCAGGCCAGCGGCCGCAUGGACGUGUCCGCUUCUGUGGAGCAAGAGGCCCUGAGCAAUGCCUUCCGCUCAGUGCCACUGGCUGAGGAGGAGGACUUUGACAGCAAGGAGUGGGUCAUUAUUGACAAGGAGACUGAGCUCAAGGACUUCCCUCCAGGGGCAGAGCCCAGCACAUCGGGCACCACAGAUGAGGAGCCCGAGGAGCUGCGGCCGCUGCCCGAGGAGGGCGAGGAUCGGCGGCGGCCAGGGACAGAGCCCGUCCGGCCCCGGGGACGAGGCAUGCAGACACUGGCUGAGGAGGACUUGCGGCACAUGCCGUCCCAGCCCGUCCCACCCCAGUUGAGCCAGGCCGAUGGCCGGUCAGAGAUGUCACAGCCCCCCACGCCUGGCAGCCCUUCCCACUCACCCCUGCACUCGGGAUCCCGCCCUCGACGGAGAGAGUCAGACCCCACAGGCCCUCAGAGACAGGUGUUCUCUGUGGCAUCCCCGUUUGAGGUGAAUGGCCUCCCACGAGCUGUGCCUCUGAGUUUGCCCUACCAGGACUUCAAGAGAGACCUCUCCGAUUAUCGAGAGCGGGCAAGGCUUCUGCACAGGGUCCGGAGGGUGGGUUUCUCGCACAUGCUGCUCACAACCCAUCAGACCCCGCUGGCUCCAAUUCAGCCCCAGGCUAAUGGGAAGGAGGAAGAGGAGGAGGAGGAACAAGAUGAGGAAGAAGAGGAGGAGGAGGAAGAGGAGGAAGAAGAAGAGGAAGAGGAGGAGGAGGAAGAGGAGGAGGAAGAAGAAGAAGAGGAGGAGGAGGAGGAGGAGGUGGAGGAGGAGGAGGCAGGAGCACUGCGGGAGGUACUGGGGCCUCACAGUGGCUCUAGCAGUGAGGGCAGUGAGAGGAGCACUGACAGGAGCCAGGAGGGCGCCCCUUCAACACUGCUGGCUGACGAUCAGAAGGAGUCCAGGGGCCGGGCCUCCAUGGCCGAUGGGGACCUGGAGCCUGAGGAGGGCUCCAAAACGUUGGUGCUCGUCUCCCCUGGUGACAUGAAGAAGUCGCCUGUCACUGCCGAAUUGGCCCCUGACCCCGACCUGGGCACCCUGGCUGCCCUCACCCCUCAGCACGAGAGACCCCAGCCCACUGGCAGCCAACUGGACGUAUCAGAGCCAGGCACCCUGUCCUCUGUCCUCAAGUCUGAGCCCAAGCCCCCUGGGCCUGGGGCAGGGCUGGGGGCCGGGGUAGUGCCCACUGGGGCAGGGGGCGUGGCGGUUGCCUCCUCACCCUUCACCAAAGUCGAGAGGACCUUUGUGCACAUUGCGGAGAAAACCCACCUCAACGUCAUGUCUUCCGGAGGACAGGCCUCAAGGCCUGAGGAGUUCAGCACUGGGGGCGAGCUGGGGCUAGAGGUGUCCUGAGGGGCACCUGGGGAGGGGGUCCCGGCACCUUUGGAGAAUGGCAUGGCCCUGCCAGGGCUGGCUAGGGCUGAGAUAGAGAGCUGUGCCCUGUCUGGUCCCCCCAGGGAAACCCCCUCAGAGGUAGUCACAGACUUACUGCCCAAUGGCCCAGCCCUUGCCGAUGGGCUGGCCCCAGCAUCCCCACUGGAGUCAGGCCCCAAGAAAGGGACCGCCAUCUCUCCCAGCCGCCAUGCCAUGCCAGGCCCUCGUCCCAGGAGCCGUAUCCCUGUUCUGCUGUCUGAGGAAGACACAGGCUCAGAGCCCUCGGGCUCGCUGUCAGCCAAAGAGCGGUGGAGCAAGAGCCGGCCACAGCAGGACCUGGCAAGGCUGGUGAUGGAGAAGAGGCAGGGUCGCCUGCUGUUGCGACUGGCCUCAUCCUCCUCCAGUGAGGAGCAGCGCCGUGCCUCCGAGACGCUCUCAGGCACGGGUUCCGAGGAGGACACCCCUGCCUCGGAGCCCGCGGUGUCCUUGCCCAGGAAGGCAGGGCGGGCAGCUGCCUCCCGGAGUCGGAUUCCCCGGCCUAUCAGCACCCGCGUGCCCACGCCUGCCGAGGCCCAGCAGACCCCCAGCAGACCCCACGGCGCGGCCCCAGCAUCUGACACAGCCAUCACCAGCAGGCUCCAGCUGCAGAAGCCCUCAGAGUCGGCCACUGCUGCUGACCUCCGCCCCAAACAGCUCGCCAGCCGUGGCCCUGGCCCUGGCCCAGGGCGAGCCCAAGCCACCAGGCCCGCGGCGCCCCGCAGUCCCGGCCUCCCCGCCUCCUCGGCGCGCCGUCCCAGCGCGUCCCCCAGAAGCCAGUCCCUGUCCCGCAAAGAGAGCCCCUCCCCCUCGCACCAAGCCCGACCUGGGGGUCCCCCACCUCGGGGGGUCCUGCAGGCACGAGCCCAGCCUGAGGGCACCCCCGCCUCAGGUGGCCCCAAGAAAGGACCCAGAAGGAAACUCCAGACUCAGCGCGCAGCAACCAAAGGCCGGGCGGGGGCCUCAGAAGGCCGGGCCGGGACCAGAUAA